CAUCGGCAGACCGUGCUCGACGCUCAGUGCGAUCAUAGACACUGCUUGCAAAGCUCAAAGAUGCUCCGACACUGGGCUUACGGCAUUCUAGUAAUUCUUUUAGCCCACCGUUCUGAAGGAAAUCCCAUUGAGCGCAAGGCAAAUGUGGCCACAGAGUUCAUUAUCCUGCACAACAAUGACAUGCACGCCCGGUUCGAGCAGACGAACGUGAACAGCGGCACAUGCUCCCAGGAGGAUGCCAAUACGGACAAGUGCUAUGGAGGAUUCGCACGAGUGGCCUAUGAGGUUCGCAAGUACCGCAAGGAGGCGGCGGAUGGAGGAAUGCCCGUGUUCUACCUCAAUGCUGGCGACACUUACACGGGCACCGCUUGGUUCACCAUCUUCAAGGACAAGAUCGCCAGCAGCUUCCUCAACAAACUCCAACCAGAUGCUAUUUCCUUGGGUAACCACGAGUUCGACGAGAAAGUAGAGGGCCUAAUACCCUUCCUCAACGAGGUCGACUUCCCGGUGGUGGCCUGCAAUCUGGAUAUGAGGAAAGUGCCCGAGUUGGCUGCCACCAAACAUUUGGUUCCCUCUACGAUCCUGGAGACCCAGGGCACCAAGAUAGGUGUGAUUGGCUAUUUGACGCCAGAUACUAAACAGCUUACCCUCCAGAGUGAGGUGGAGUUCUACGAGGAAGUGGUUUCCAUCAAUGCUGAGGCGAAGAAGCUGAAAGCGCAGGGCAUCAAGAUAAUCAUUGCCCUUGGCCAUUCUGGCUAUCUGAAGGAUAAGGAGAUAGCCAAGAACUGCCCGGAGGUGGAUAUCGUUAUUGGUGGCCACACCAACACUUUCCUCUACAACGGCACCCAGCCCGAUAUAGAACACAUCGAAGGUCCCUAUCCCACAGUGAUCAAGCAGAAGAGUGGCAAGGAGGUGCCUGUGGUGCAGGCCUAUGCCUACACAAAAUAUCUGGGCAAGAUCCAUGUGCAGUUCGAUGCUGAGGGAAAUCUGUUUGAGUUUGAUGGUUCACCGAUCCUGCUGAAUGCCUCCGUGGCCCAGGAACAGGAUCUGUUGGACCUUUUGGAGGUUUACCGACCCAGCGUGAUACAUCUGGAGAAGUCGGUGGUGGGCCACACGAAGGUCUACCUGGAGGGACGCAAGGAGGUGUGCCGCGACAGGGAGUGCAACCUGGGAAACAUGAUCGCCGAUGCGAUGGUCUUCAGUCGCGUGCGGGAGGAGCAGGGCGGCGACUACUGGACCGAUGCGGCAAUCGCAGUCAUUGUGGGAGGCGGCAUACGCAGCUCGAUCGAGAAGAAGUCCGACGGCUCGAUCACCGACAGCGACAUCCUAGCUGUUCUGCCCUGGGGCAAUGACCUGUUCAUGACCCGAGUAUCUGGCAAGACGCUACGCAAUGCUCUUGAGCACGGGGCGGCUGCCCGUGGCAAGGACUCGGACGGCCCCUUUCUGCAGGUCUCCGGUAUCCACGUGGUCUACAACCCCAGGAAACCCGAGGGCCAGCGCGUCGUCUCGGUGCAGGUUCGAUGUGCCGCCUGCCGCAUUCCCACCUACAGCGACCUCGACGACGCGGCCUUCUACAAUGUGAUUGUGCAGGAGUUUCUGUUCAACGGCGGCGAUGGUCAUGUCUGGAAGGAGGCCAACAACCCACAGCACCAGCGUCUGCAGCGGAAGGACAAUGAGGCCGUGAGACAGUAUCUGCGGGAGCGGGACUACAUCUAUCCGGAGGUGGAAGGACGCAUUAUAUUUAAGGGCGCUGCAGGUGGCCUCUUUGCCUCUGUGUCCCUGCUUCUGCUCUCAUCCUUGGCGAUGCGUGUCGUGAGCUAAACUUCUGUUCGUAUUUCGUUAUUAAACUUUUGUGAUUUCACAAUUUAUGAAAGAGUUCCAUAGACCUUGAAGACAG